CCUCUAAUUUACAACUUUUUAAGGCGCUAAAUUUACCUGGGGCUGUACAGCAGAUUAUUCACAUGUAUUCCAGUUCUAGCUGGAUUCCAUCCACAGCAAAAUUAACUGACAAUCUCAUGUACUACAAAUUAUGUCGUUUUGAAACAAGGUGGCAAGCAUGCGCAUACUUUUUAUGAUUUUCACAAUAGCCGAGCGAAGUUUCAAGAUUCUAGACUUCUCCAGUACACACCUUGUGCGACGCCGCAGUCACAGCUACGGCUACGACUUCAUCAGCCCCACGCACAUAGAACUCAGUCGGGAGGCCACCCGCCUGAUAAUCAGACGCAUACAACGCACCGUGCUCCGCCUCAUCCGGGAUUCCGAAUUCGGCAUGUCAGAGCCCAGUCCCUCGUUCCAGCGCUCCACACCCAAAGCAAGCAAACAGAGCGACGCGCAGCCCCAGCAGGCAUACGAGGAGUCGUCCUUUGGGGCCAAUCGCAAGGGCACCAGUCAGCAGGACUCGAAUUGUCGCACGUGCAACGACUUCAAGUCGUGGUCCAAGCAGCAGCGACUCUUCUCAAACGUGCAGAGUGCAAAGGUGAAGCACAUGGCCGCCACCGAGCAGAAUACCGUAAAUGCGGCCGAUUUGGCACGCGAUGACUGUCCGCUGGACAAGGUGCGACUGGGCAUUUCCACCUGGGGCCUCCUCCACACGAUGGCCGCCUUUUACUCGGACAACCCGACGGACAACGAAAAGCGAGACAUGAAGAACUUCUUCGAGGUGCUCUCGCGGCUCUAUCCCUGCGAAUUCUGCGCCAAGGACUUCCGCACAGACCUGGACGUGAAUCCCAUCAACGUCAGUUCACAGAAGGAGCUCUCUUUGUGGCUGUGCAAGUUCCACAACAGGGUCAACGACAAGCUUGGCAAGCCACUCUUCGACUGCAGCAAAGUGAACGAGAGGUGGCGCGACGGCUGGCUGGACGGUUCCUGCGACUAGGCCGCUGUCUUGCACAGUUGUUGUGGCAGUAGCAGCAACCGAUCGCCGUCCUCGUUACCCAUGUUGACCUGACUUGUCCCCAAAUGUAUUGCUCGACACCAACUAUUACAAAACUGUGUUAUCCCGAAAGGCGCUACUGCUGCUCGGCGACGGAUUGCUAUUAAUUAUGUGCCCUGCGACCUGAGACCUUUGUCCUGUUCCCGGGGAGCCGGUUAUCUUUCCUUACCGCAUUCCCAGCACCCGGGUUGGGUCCGGUCGGGGCCUGCGUCGGCGUAUGAUCAAAUUUAAUUGUAGAAGAACGAGACAUGAAAGGUCCUUUGUUAAUGCUUCGCUGGCUAUGAUGAGUUAGAAAAUACACCAAAUUUGUUAUAAGCCUC